AUGUCACUGACAGAGAUGUUUAUGGUCCUCAUCUCACUUUACAAUAUCAUUGACAGAGAUGUUUAUGGUCCUCCAACCACAUUACAAUGUCACAGACAGAGAUGUUUAUGGUCCUUCACCCACCAUACAAUGUCACUGAUGGAGAUGUUUGUGGUCCCCCAACCACCUAAAAUGUCACUGACAGAGAUGUUUAUGAUCCUCCAUCCACCUUUCAAUGUCACUGAAAGAGAUAUUUAUGGUCCUCCAACCACCUUACAAUAUUGUGGAGAAAAUAUUCCUUGCAAUAGGAAUCCUUACAAGGCUGGUGGUUCCCCUUUUCUGGUGGAUAAGGAAACCAUUGGUGUUCCGAUUGUCCAUUCGUUUUCAUGUAAUCCAAAAGAUGGCUUCUACAGGAUCAAGGUUACUUGUAUGACCGAGGACUACCAAGUAGACGGACCCACAGAAUCCGCCUGUAAAAAUAAUCAUUGGGUUCCAGAAUUACCACAUAAAUGUGUUCCGAUAAAAGUGGCAGCGAAAAAGGAUCAGAAGUGGGUGUAUAUCGGCGGUGGUCUGGGUGGUGGGGCGUUGGCCAUUAUUCUAUUGGUCGUAACCAUCUCUAUCGUCUGUUACAGGGCCAAACUCAGAUCAGAGAAAGAAGGAGAAGAGAUUUUAAAGAUGAAGAAAUUUGGGUCACACACACUUGGACCCAACGCAGAACGAUUCUACAAUAAUAUUAAUCUUGUUUAUCCCACUUUUGAUAUUUCUAGUCUUCACAAAGUUUGGACAAUCAAAAGAACCCGCAAAAAGUUUUUCUAUGCAGAUACUUUGGGGAAACUAUUGGCAAAGGCUGGUACGGAAUUCGGAUGCCAAGGUAAUGUUCGAUUGGUACUGGAGGAAGAUGGAACACAGGUGGAAACGGAUGAAAUUCUGAGAGCAUGCGCGGGGAGAGUCAUGUUGAUACUUGGAGGAAAUGAAGUUUGGCAACCAGAGAUUAAACUCUAUGAUAAUGAGGCUUACAGAUUGACAUUCGAUGUGUGCUCCUUUGAUCGAAAAGACAGAAAACUAGUCCUUGCUGACAGUAUAAAGGAUCUUAAAUAUCAAGGAUCCACCAGCUUCGGUUACUCUGUGACUUCUGUGUGUUUGGAGGAAGAUGGUACAAUGAUUGAUGAUGACAGGACGCUGUGUUCGUGCUCCAUGAAAACACUUAUGCUUCUUGGCGUAGAGCAUGCGUGGAUGGGAUCUCCCAGUGGUUUGGUUACUUUACCAUUAUAUAAAGAUAUGUCCAUUACAGAUCCAAAUACGGAGAGCUACAGUGAUGAGUCUCAAGUGGGGGUGUACAAAGUGUGGACAGAGGACCGAAAAAUAAAGAAAGUUGUUUUUGCAGAAAAUAUUAUUGACCUACAUCUCAAAGCUUCGAAAGCCCUUGGACUCCGGACACCCGUGGUCGUAACUUUAGAAAACAAUGAGACAUUUGAAAUCGCAGAUGAUGACAUCCUCAAAGAAAAUACUGGAAAAAUACUGAUAGUCAGGGAGAAAAUCGCAGAAACUAGUUUUAACCAGGUUAAUGAUCACUUAUAUGACGAUCCUGUAGGACAGAACAAAUAUAAUCCACAACAAUCCUGGCCAGGGCACCAAUUGAACUCUGUGAAUUACAAUUAUGAUGCUUUCAGCAGUCAAUUGUAUGGAGCACGGAAUUCUGUACACGAAAACUCCGGGUUUCAACAGAUUCCUAGAUCUAUAUGGGGACUGGGCGCCAACAACCAAGAACAAUGUGGUAUAGGAGCCAAUAACCAAGAACAUUGUGGUAUAGGAGUCAACAGCCAAGAACAGUGUGGUACAGGAGCCAAUAACCAAGAACAUUGUGGUAUAGGAGCCAACAGCCAAGAACAGAGCAACAACCAAGAACAGUCACGUAUAGGAGUCAACAACCAAAAACAGUGUGGUACAGGAGCCAAAAACCAAGAACUGUGGAAUAGGAGUCAACAACCAAGAACAGUGUGGUAUAUGAGCCAACAACCAAGAACAGUGUGGUAUAGGAACCAACAACCAAGAACAUUGUGGAGUCAACAACCAAGAACAGUGACGUAUAGGAGUCAACAACCAAAAACAGUGUGGUACAGGAGCCAACAACCAAGAACAGUGUGGUAUAGGAGCCAACAACCAAAAACAGUGUGGUAUAGGAGUCAACAACCAAGAACAGUGACGUAUAGGAGUCAAGAACCAAGAACAGUGUGGUACAGGAGCCAACAACCAACCAGAAGAACCAGCAACCAAGAACAGUGUGGUAUAGGAGUCAACAACCAAGAACAGUGUGGUUUAGGAGUCAACAACCAAGAACAGUGUGGUUUAGGAGCCAACAGCCAAGAACAGGGUGGUAUAGGAGCCAACAGCCAAGAACAGUGA